UGCAAAAGACAAUUACAAACUCAAUAGCUACAUAACUCAAUAUGGAGAUGCCUCGAAAAACUCUAGGAUGGAUCACCAAGAGCAUGAUGGAGUGGAGGAUGUAACUAACCAGAAAGAGAUGGACCAACCUUACAUAGCUGGGUAUAACAGACAAAAGGAAGCAAUUACAUACACUAGGCAAGAUGCGAAAAAUAGCUACAUAACUCAAUAUGGAGAUGCCUCGAAAAACUCUAGGAUGGAUCACCAAGAGCAUGAUGGAGUGGAGGAUGUAACUAACCAGAAAGAGAUGGACCAACCUUACAUAGCUGGGUAUAACAGACAAAAGGAAGCAAUUACAUACACUAGGCAAGAUGCGAAAAAUAGCUUCAUAACUCAAUAUGGAGAUGCCUCGAAAAACUCUAGGAUGGAUCACCAAGAGCAUGAUGGAGUGGAGGAUGUAACUAAGCAGAAAGAGAUGGACCAACCUUACCUAGCUGGGUACAGAAAAGAUGCAAAGGACAAUUACAUGGCUCAGUAUGGAACUAGGCAAGAAGCAAAGGAAUCUCCAAUCCAAGAGUCAGAUCAAUCUUACAUAGCUGGCUAUAGAUAUAAACAAGAGGUGAAAGAGUCAAAUUACAUAACUUCAUAUGGCGAUAGAGAAGACUCUAAAUCAUCAGUGAUCGAGCAUGAAAAUAAUAUGAAAACAAAGCCAUCAUCUCAUAUGGAUCAUUUGGGAGCAUUCAAGUCAGGCUUUUUCACCAUGGAUGAUUUGUUUGUAGGGAAUAUAAUGCCACUUUACUUUCCCAUACAAGAACUUUCUGAGUUCUUGCCCAGGGAAGAAGCUGAUUCCAUUCCUUUCUCCAUGCCCCAACUCCAAAACGUCCUUCAAAUCUUCUCAAUCCCUAUAGAUUCUCCCAAUGCCAGAGCCAUGGAAGACACACUCCAACAGUGUGAAGCUACACCCAUCACAGGGGAGACCAAGCUCUGUGCUACCUCUUUAGAGUCCAUGCUUGAUUUUGUGCAUAGCAUCAUGCGCUCAUGGGCUAACCUGAAUGUUCUGACAACUAAACACCCCACAAUGUCAACUGCCUUGACACAGAAUUAUGAUGUUUUAAGAGUUUCAAAGGAACUUUAUGCUCCUAAAUGGGUUGCUUGUCAUCCUUUGCCUUACCCUUACAAGAUUUUCUUCUGCCACUUCAUAGAGAAAACCAAGAUUUUCAAGGUUUUACUUGGUGGUGAGAAUGGACAUAAGGUGGAAGCUGUUGCUGUUUGCCACAUGGACACUUCUGAUUGGGACCCUAACCACAUUCUAUUUCGCCAACUUGGUGUCAAGCCUGGCUCAUCUCCAGUAUGCCAUUUCCUCCCAAAAUAUCAUCUUGUUUGGGUUCCAUCACCAACAACAGCCUCUAUCUAAAGAGGUAGCUCUGUUGCCUUUCUAUUGUGUAGAUGUUAAAUAAAGGUCAAUCAGAGAGUUCUUGUAAUACAGUGGACCUCGUGU